AUGAGGAAUAAGCCAAUAGCUAAUGUUAACGCUGAUCUUUUGAAAGAAAGAAAGAAUUGCAGUUUUGAUAUAGAAGAACUUACUAACUUGAUAGAUGGUGGGAAGAAUCAAACCGCUCGGAGGCGAGAAAUUGAAAACAUGCUCCUUAAAAAUAUGCCUUUCGACAUCAUCCCAGAGGAAUGCCUUAGCGCCAAGGAGAAAUACGAGAAUGCUGUCAGAAAAUCUGUCGCCCUGAACAAAAUUGGAGUGGAGUUAGUGAGUCAAGUCACAAAGGCAAAAGAGCUAAGUGACUUGACAUUGACGCUUCGUCGUGUCUCCGACGCAUACUUCAGAGAAGUCACUCCAUUUCUUCUACACUUGGGCAUGUUCAUUCCCACCAUUCUUGGGCAGUGCAGCGAUGAACAGGUUGCUCACUGGCUGCCGCUUGCGAUGCAAUUGAAGAUCAUUGGCACUUAUGCACAGACCGAGUUGGGGCACGGAACGUUCAUCCGAGGGUUGGAGACAACAGCCACCUACGAUGAGAGGACGGAGGAGUUCGUCCUGAACAGUCCUACCCUGUCUUCAAGCAAGUGGUGGGCUGGAGGAUUGGGUAAAACUGCCAAUCAUUGUAUAGUCGUCGCGCAACUGUACACAAAGGGAGAAUGUUAUGGAACUCACCCAUUUAUUGUACAAAUACGAGACAUGGACACACACAUGCCCUUAAAAGGCUUAAAAGUGGGUGAGAUAGGCCCACGGUUGGGUUUUCAGACGGCAGAUAAUGGUUUCCUUGUCUUCGACAAUUUUCGCAUACCUAGAGAUAGUCUAAUGAUGAAGCAUGCCAAAGUAUUAAAAGACGGCACAUAUGUGAAGAUAGCUAGACACAGUAAACUCACAUAUGGUACGAUGAUAUUCGUCAGGGUGUUACUGGUCAGUGAGAUGGCUUUCAAUCUGUCAAAAGCUGUGACGAUCGCUGUGAGGUACUCGGCCGUAAGGAGGCAGUCUGAGUUAAAACCAAAUGAGCCGGAGCCGCAGGUGCUGGAUUACCUGACGCAGCAGCAUAAGCUGUUCAUCAGCAUUUCUACAGUGUACGCCUUCCAGUUCACCAGUAACUGGUUGAUGAAGACUUAUCACACGGUCCAAGCGAACAUGAAGCACGGAAAUACAGACGCCUUGCCAGAAUUGCACGCGUUAUCCAGCUGUCUUAAAGCGAUCUGCACGUCCGACUGUUCUGCUGCAAUAGAACAGUGUCGUUUCGCUUGUGGUGGACAUGGUUAUAUGAUUUCCUCUAAUCUUCCAUCACUGUAUGCUUUCACCACAGCGACUAGAACCUACGAGGGCGACUACACCGUGCUUCUGUUGCAGACAGCAAGAUUUUUAGUUAAGACUUGGGAGCAAGUGGAACUCGGUAAUGCGGUGACUCCAAUGGUCGCGUAUUUGGCUAGGCAUCAGAACAGAGAAGCGUGGGAUGAGAGUCCUGAGGGAAUUAUAAGGGCCUUUGAAGCUAUCGCAGCGGGAGUGUACCAGACGGAGUCAGUACGGUCAGUGAGCUUCGGUCAAAGUGAUGCAAUAAAGGAUGUGAUGAAGCAGCUUUCCGAUCUCUACUUACUAUACUGGAGUUUAGAGAGAACUGGAGACUUGUUAACAACUCUGAAAUCGACCUUGGGUUCGUACGACGGUCGCGUGUACGAGCGACUGAUGGAGGAAGCCCUCAAGAGUCCUCUCAACCAGGAGCCAGUCAACGAGAGCUUCCACAAGUACCUGAAGCCUACGAUGAAUAAACUGUGAUAAAUAUUUGAGAUAUAACAAUGAAGUUUCAAAUUUUCAUUUGCAAUAAUGUUUUCUAAUAAAUUGUUAUGAUUAUCAUAUCAUUGUAUUUUAUAACAUUAAGAGCUCAAUAGACUAUUUUUAUCGUGAGCGAUGAAAAUAAUGUUAUUAUUAUUUUAAAUAAUUACGCAUAAUACUUUUUGGACUACAUUAAUGGUCGAGUCAUUCGCUCGCUGUUUUCAGGGUGUAACUAUCUCUGAGGUACUGGUUUUUUUUUAUUAACUCGAAGGAACUUUAUAAUUUCAGAUACUAUCUCAUUUUCGCAAUCCUUAAUAUCUCACCUAUGAGACUAUUCCCGAGACGUUAUUUCUGGAUUUUCUAUAUAAUCUAAUAUGAUAUAGUAAAAUAUGUAACGUAUUACGGUGUUUGGUCUUCUCUGCCUACAUAGCAAGGGAUGCAGCGUAAAGAUAUAGUUAGAUAGAAAGAUAGAUAGAUGGACAGACAGACAGAUAAAUAGACAGACAGAUAGAUAGAUAGAAAAAUAGAUAGAUGGACAGACAGACAGAUAAAUAGACAGACAGACAGAUAGAUAGAUAGGUAGAUAGAUAGAUAGACAGACAGACAGACAGACAGACAUACAGACAGACAGAUAUACAGAAAAACAGACAAAUAGAUAGAUAGACAAACAUACAGACAGAUAUUGUACUUAGAAAUAUCCGUCUUCUUAGUCAUAAAGAACGAUACGAAAAUGCAAUUCGUAAGGCAGUGUUGUUCUAUAAAAGAGCUUAAGAAAGUGGAAGAUCACAAUAAAAAUUUCUUUGAACAACAUAGGUGAGUUAUAUGAUAUUAGUGAAACGAUCACUUUUACAGUCGAAGAAUUGCGA